AUGACCGACAUGAAUGGAGAACAUCAAAUUGCAUUGCUAUUUGAAGAAAGUAAUCGAAUUGAGAAAGUACCUAUUUCCAUUUCUAUUGAAUCCACAGUUCAAGAUAUUAACAGACAAACCAUUUCUUCAAGCACAUCGUUUGUGGUACAUCCAUGCAAAUAUUAUUGUGGAUUGAAAUUGGGAAAACAAUUCACAAAGCCAAACACACCUGUCAUGGUAUCAUUGUUGACCACAAAUAUCAAUGGUAAAUUAAUUCCAAAUAUUGAUAUGGAUCUCACUGUAACCACACAUGUGGAUGUGAAAAAAGGAUUUAAAUAUGUUCAAGAAAAAGUUGAAAUUCUCAAGAAAACAUUCAAAUCCAAUUCAGAUUCAGCCAUAGAAUUUCCAGUUCAGUUUGAAAAUGGUGGAGCCUAUGAUUUUCAUGUUUCAAUUCGAGAUCCUGAAAGUGGAUUACAAAACUCUUGCUCAAGUUCACUUUAUGUGACAGGUGGAAAGAAUGCAAAAGAAGAACGUGUUGGAAAAGUAUUACAACAAAAACCUCUCUUACUCAUCCCAGAUAAGAAUGAAUAUAGUGUUGGAGAUAAGGCAACCAUUCUCAUACAAUCACAAUUAGAUGGUCAUUUAUAUGGUGUAUUGAGCAUGUGUAUGGAUGGAAUUUUCGAAAAACCAAUUCCAAUUGAAAUUGAUCCUUCGAAUGGUUGUACUGAAUUUUCAUUCAUCAUUACAAAACAUCACAUUCCAAAUGUUAAAAUUAUGGUUGAAAUGAGUGGAUCUGAAUCGAGAGUAGAUCACGUUGGAAAUGUCUUGAACAAUGAACCAAAACAACCUGCAUUUGCCUCUGGAAAUUGUACUAUUAAUGUCUCAAAAUUGAGUCAUGAAUUACAAGUGGAUGUGAAACCUGAAAAACAAUUUCUCACUCCAGGAUCAUCCACAUUUAUUCAAGUCACUGUGAAAGAUGCUCUCACUCAACAAUUAGUACGCAAUAGUGAAGUGUGUAUUGUUGCUGUGGAUGAAGCAGUGCUUUCAUUAACUGGUUAUCGAAUUUCCAAUCCACUUGAUACAUUUGUUGUUUCAAGAAAUAGUAAUUGCACUUCAAGAUGGUCUCUUAGAAGCAAUGUAUUUGUCAAGAGAUUUGAUGACAUUAGAUUUAACGAACCGCCUAGAAUGAUUGAAAAAGAAUGUGCGAAACGGUGUUGCUGUAAGAAGAGUUGUGCUGUCCCAUGCUGUAGUUGUUGUGGUGCAUGCAAACAGAGGUUAGCAGAUUGUACAGAGGGAGAAAUGGAUGCCCCUCAAGAAGAUUCCUCGAUUUCAGUCCGAAGUAAUUUCAAUCCACUUGCAAUAUUUAGUCCAAAAGCAAUGACCGAUGAAAAUGGUGUUGCAACGGUGAAUUUAACACUUCCAGAUAAUUUAACCAAGUAUCGAAUUACUGCAGUUGCUUUGAAAGAUGAAAGUCAUUUUGGAAUUUCUGAAAGUUCAAUGACUGCACAAUUACCAUUGAAUAUUAGACCUUCACUUCCAAGAUUUUUGAAUUUUGGAGAUUGUGCUGAAUUUACAUGUGUGUUACAAAAUCAAACUCUUAUGGAUUUAAAUGUGAAUGUUGCCAUUCGAUUCACAAAUUUGACAUUACUGGAUGAAUCAAAGAGAGGAUUAAAUGUUAAAAUUCCAGCCAUGAGUAGAUAUGAAUUGAGAUUUCCAAUGAUGACAGAAAAAGUUGGAAUUGCUCGUUUUCAAGUUGGAGUUUCCAUAGCAAAUAGAGGAAUUAAUUUUGGUGAUGCUGUUGAAAAAGAAAUUCGAAUUUUUACACCUGCAACCACAGAAGGAUUUGCCACUUAUGGUGAAGUUGAUAACAAUGGAAAUGUAUUUCAACCCAUUCGUGCACCUGAGAAUGUUUUUCCUCAAUUUGGUGGUAUCAAUGUCACCACAAGUUCUACUGCUUUAUCUUCAUUGACUGAUGCAUUCAUUUAUUUAUAUUCUUAUCCAUUUGAAUGUUGUGAACAAUUGGCAAGCAAAAUAUUAACAAUUGUGGCAUUGAAAGAUGUUUUACAAGCAUUCAACGUUCCUGAUCUUCCAAGUGAAACACAAAUUAAUGAUUUGGUUCAAAAGAGUAUUCAAUUAUUGGAGAGUCGACAACAUCCCUCUGGUGCUUAUUCCUAUUGGAGUUAUUAUAAUCAUUCAUUAGCUUCACCAUAUGUGACAUGUCAUGUCGCACAUUCAUUGGCAAGAGCAAAGAAAGCAGGAUAUUCAGUGAAUUCUAAUACUAUUUCAAAAUUAUUGAAUGUUCUCAAAAGUAUUGAAAAUUACUGUCAAAAUUAUUCUGAAGAGAGUAUUCGUUCUAUUAAGGCCUAUGCUUACUAUUGUGCUGCAUUAUUAGAUGAUCGAGAAGUGAAAGAUUUAGCUGAAAAAUUAUACAAACAAGUGAGAAAUGGAAAUUUAGAAUAUUUAGCAUGGAUUGCUACCACAUUGUAUUUGUGUUAUGCAAAAACAGCAAAUUCAACAGUGAAAGAAAUUAUUGAAACUCUAUGCAAGAGAGUGAAUGAAACAGCACAAACAGCAAACUUUAUAACAAGUUAUGGAGAUGUUCAAACUUCAAAAUUGAUCAUGCUUCAUUCAGAUCGAAGAACAGAUGGAAUUUGUUUAGAAGCUCUUAUUACCAUUACUCCUGAAAAUACAAUCAUUCCAAAAAUUGUGAAAGGAUUAUUAGCACACAAAAAGAAGGGAAGAUGGGGAAAUACUCAAGAGAAUUCAUUCAUUUUACUUGCUUUAAAUACUUAUUUUAGAGUAUUUGAAGGUGUAACACCAAAUUUUGUAACAAAAUUAUGGCUUGGUGAUGAUUAUUGUGGUGAACAAGAAUUUAUUGGACGUUCCAAAGAUGAAAAGUUGAUCAAAAUUCCAAUGUCUUAUUUAAUUGAGAAGGAUACUCAUACAAAUACUCAUACCAAUUUGUUAUCAUCAUCUUCAUCAACAAGCAAUAACUCUCAAAACAAGACACUGAUCAUUUCUAAACAAGGUGAAGGAAGAUUAUAUUAUAGAAUUGGAAUGGAUUAUUCACCAAAGAAUCUUUUAAUGGAUGCACUUGAAUAUGGAUUUCAAGUUGAAAGAAGUUAUGAACAUGUCACCAAUGCAGAACAUGUUAAAUAUGAUCCUGAAAGAAAUUGUUGGAGAUUUAAGGCAGGUGAAUUGGUUCGAGUGAAACUUCGUCUCACCAAUACAAGUCGAAGAUAUCAUGUAGCAUUGGUCGACAUGUUACCUGCUGGAUUGGAACCCAUUAAUCCUGAAUUGAAAGGAACGCCUUCGACUGCUGAAAUUGGUUCUGACAAUGAUCAUUCCAACAGGAACCAUCGAAGAAGAUUUUAUUGUUGGUGGCGUCAACCGUGGUAUGAACAUCACAAUAUUCGUGAUGAAAGAGUGGAAGCAUUUUCAUCAUUGUUGUGGGAAGGAAUUCAUGAAUUUAAUUAUGUGGCAAGAGCAACAAGUAUUGGAAGUUUUGUGAUUCCACCUGCAAAAGCAGAAGAAAUGUACACUCCUGAAAUAUUUGGAAGAUCUUCCACUGCAUUCGCUGAGGUUUAUGAGUAA